AUGAACACCAUAACCGCUACCCGACACAAAAUCCUCACGCCAGCCACCACUCCCGCCAACAAUACGCUCCCCAACCCUUUCGUCGUCUGUAUAAUAGGGGCCAGCUCCGGCAUAGGCGAGCACAUCGCUUACUCCUAUGCACAAGCUGGAGCCUCGGGCAUCAUUCUCGCAUCGCGCCGCACCUCCGAACUCACCCGGGUCCGCGAAAAAGCCCGUUCCCUCUCCCUCUCUCCGAAAACCCGUGUCGAGAUAUUCCCUUGUGAUAUCUCAUUAUCCAGCAAUAUUUCCAAUCUGGCAAUAUACAUCCGAGAAACGUUUGGACGCCUCGAUAUCUGUAUCCCCAAUUCCGGAUAUGCGGGACCCGUGACCCUGCGUGUUACUGAUGGAGAUCCAGCUUGGUUCCAGGCGAAUUUUGAUGUUAAUAUGAUGGGGACGUAUAAUUGCGCGCAUUAUUUAAUACCGCUGCUGUUGGAGAGUGAGAAUAGUGCGAAGGGAUUUAUACAGAUUGGAUCGUUGGCAGCGAAUUUGACGAAUGGUCCGAUUGCUAAUACGGGGUAUUGUGUGAGUAAAUUUGCGCAGAGUAGGUUUGUGGAGAUAUUGGGGUCGCAGUUUGGAGGGGAAGGCUUGGUUGCUGUAACUGUGCAUCCGGGGGCUGUUGCAACGCCGAUGGCUGUGGGGAAUACACCGGAUGUUUUCUUGCCUUAUUUGGUUGAUAGUGUGGAUCUUUGUGGUGGUUUCUGCGUUUGGCUUAGUAAGAAUAUCAACGAUUUAAAGUGGUUGAAUGGGAGGUUUCUGGAUGCUAGGUGGGAUGUUGAUGAGCUGCUUGGAAGGAAGGAAGAUGUUGUCGAGAAGGAUCUGCUUAAGUGGGAUUUGAGAACUUCGUGA